CUCAAUAAAUCUAUCUGUCAGAACCAUCUUCACAUCUCUCACAUACUCACCUGAAUAACAACAAACCACUCCAUGCCCUUGUUGAUUUAGACCAAUCUCCUCCUAAACAACAUCAGAACAACCAACCUGCUCGAAAUCUGGAACGUAAAACACCUUGCCGAACCGCCAACAACGAUGGAGGCCGAAUUGAGAAAAUUCACUUACUUCGUCAUCACCAAAUGAAGGAACAUGGGACUCUUCACUUCCUUCGACGAGGCCAGUGCUUAGUUCAUCGACUAUCCAAACGCCGAAUACUAGGCCUUCAACUGCCAGGCUCUAGCCCCUUGGUUCUUACAUGGCGCGAUUAAAGGCAAUCGAGAAAGAGAAGGAGGCGCUUGAUGAGAUGACGCAGCUAAUGGGCCAACCGGAUGACUUGCCACCAAAAUGCCCUCCGACCGUCGUCACCGAAAACGGCCGUCAGGCCCCUCUUUGUCGGUGGAUUAACUGCAUCCCACCUAGCGAGGUUGCUUCCGGUGCCUAUGCCGUCAACCUUAGCAUGGAAGAAUUUCUCCAGAAGGUUUGCUAUGGCGCCUCCUUGCCACCACCUUCCUACUUUCGUACUGAGCUGGGUGUUCGUGACACAGGAGUCGUGUAUGCUUUCUCAGUCGUUCUCCCUGGGAACCCGUUGGGAGCCGACAUCCACGUUAAGGGAAGGUACAGUCCUCUCGAGAUAGAUGCUAAGGAAGAUGUUGCUUACAACAUGCUUCAAAAAGUCCUCCACACCACGGAUCAAGAAAUACGGGACUUCAACUACUUGAAAGCAAAGAUGCUUGAGAGGGCCAACAAUGCACUUUCUGAAGAGGUUCAACGCCUCGAGGAGAAGUGUCGUCUCCACGGCUACGACAGCAGUUUGGACAAUGUAUCGCCAUAGCACUCUUCCAACCUUUUAUCCAAUCCAGCUACAUUCCACAGAUCAAUCGUCACAUCAUUAGGAGGGCUUUUAAUUAGUAACGUUACCGGAAAUAUAUUUCUAUACUGCAUGCUGAUGUCGGUAAUUGUUAUGCUAAGCUUCCAUGAUCAAUCCAACUUUUGUAAUCCACUUUAUUAUGAAUGAACUCUAU